CGCUCCGGAAGUAGGGCAAAAGUCACGGCGGAGUGUUUCACAGCAGAUCCGAAGACUUUCACACUGAUCGCUCCCGAGAAACAUCAUCAUCAUCAUAAACAAAAAUAUCAUCUAAACAUGUCUGUGCCUUUGUCUUUCGACGGUCGAGUGGUGCUGGUGACGGGUGCCGGCGGAGGUCUGGGGAGGGAAUAUGCGCUGGCGUUCGGGAAGAGAGGAGCCGCUGUCAUCGUCAAUGAUCUGGGAGGAGAUAUUAAAGGAGGAGGCCGGAGUUCUGCGGCUGCGGAUCGAGUUGUGGAGGAGAUCAGAGCCAACGGAGGGAAAGCCGUGGCCAACUACGAUUCAGUGGAGGACGGAGAGAAGCUCAUACAGACGGCGCUGGAUGCGUUCGGACGAAUAGAUGUCGUGGUGAAUAACGCCGGGAUCCUGCGGGACCGAUCGUUCGCUCGCACCAGCGACACGGACUGGGACCUGAUUCACCGUGUGCAUCUGAGAGGCUCGUUCCUCGUCACGAGAGCCGCCUGGAACCACAUGAAGAACCAGAAGUUCGGGAGGAUCAUCAUGACGUCGUCCGCGGCGGGAAUCUACGGGAACUUCGGGCAGGCGAACUACAGCGCGGCGAAGCUGGGUCUGCUGGGUCUGUCCAACACACUGGCCAUCGAAGGCCAGAAGUACAACGUCCACUGCAACACGGUGGCGCCGACCGCGGGAUCCCGGCUCACCGAGACCGUCAUGCCUCCAGAUCUGCUGGAGUCGCUGAAGGCGGAGUACGUGGCGCCGCUGGUGCUCUGGUUGAGUCACGAGUCGUGUCGGGAGAACGGGGGCCUGUUCGAGGUCGGCGCGGGCUGGAUCGGGAAAUUGCGCUGGGAGAGGACUCUGGGUCGAACAGUGCGUCAGAAGAACGAGAUCAUGACGCCGGAGGCUGUGAGAGACUCUUGGAACGAGAUCUGUGACUUUACUGACGCCACUAAACCCGCCAGCAUUCAGGAGUCUCUGCAGACGCUGGUGGAGGUUCUGUCCAAAGUGGAUUCUGGACGAGGAAUCGGAACCAAUCCGACCGCAGCCGCAGCGACUAACCCUUCGGAGGCCGUGGGACACACUCUCCCGGAGAUCAGCUUCUCCUACACACACAUGAACUGUAUCCUGUACGCGCUGGGAGUGGGAAUGUCCACCGGAGAGCCGGAUCACCUGCGCUUCCUGUACGAGGGGUCCCAGGACUUCUGCUGUCUGCCCACAUUCAGCGUGAUCGUGGCCCAGAGCGCCAUGACCCAACUCGGCAGCGUCCCGGGCCUCCAGAUCGACUUCAGCAGGCUUCUGCACGGAGAGCAAUAUCUGGAGGUGUUCAAACCACUGCCCACAUCAGGGACGCUGACGUCACGGGCCGUGGUCGCAGAUGUUCUGGAUAAAGGGUCCGGGAUGAUCGUUCUCCUCGACGUUCAUACGUACAGUGGUGCAGAGCUGGUGUGUUAUAAUCAGUUCUCGUUGUUCGUGGUCGGCGCUGGAGGGUUCGGUGGGAAGAGGACGUCCCAGAAGGCCGUGGUCACGGCUCCUCUUCCGGAUAGACCCGCUGACGCCGUGAUCGUGGAGCAAACGUCUCGAGAUCAGGCGGCGCUGUACCGGCUGAGCGGAGACUGGAACCCGCUGCACAUCGACCCCAGCUUCGCCGCUCUGGGAGGCUUCCAGACGCCGAUCCUCCACGGCUUGUGUUCCUUCGGUUUCGCCGCUCGCCACGUUCUCAAGCGCUACGCCGGAAAUGAUGUUUCCAGAUUCAAGUCCAUCAAGGUGCGUUUCGUGAAGCCGGUGUUUCCAGGACAGGCUCUGCAGACGGAGAUGUGGAAGCAGGAGAACAGGAUCCACAUCCAGUGUACGGUCAAGGAGACGGGAGCCGUGGUUCUGGCGGGAGCGUACAUCGAUUUACACGCACCGGUGGAGCCGUCAGUCAGCGGCGGGACGCCACAGGCACGUACACACACACACACACACACACACACACUGUUAAAGACUCACAGGACUGAACGAUGCUCAUGUUCUGUCACACAGACUAAUGUUCUGCAGAGCGACCUGGUGUUUGCUGAGAUUGAGCGCAGGGUCAAAGGUCAAGGUCAGGAGCUGGUGAAGAAGGUCAACGCAGUUCUGGCCUGGGAGAUCAUGAAGGACGGGGAGAGCGCCAGACACUGGACGCUGGAUCUGAAGACGGGUCACGGCGCUCUGACCCGAGGGGUCACCGGAGGUCAAGCUGACGUGACCUUCACUGUGGCGGACCAGGACUUCAUGGACGUGGUGACGGGGAAACUGAACCCACAGAAGGCCUUCUUCUCCGGGAAGCUGAAGGUCAAAGGGAACGUCAUGUUGAGCCAGAAGCUGGAGGCCGUCCUGAAGGACUACGCCAAACUCUGAGAUCAUCGCCAGCGCUAACGCUAACGAGCGCCGCUCAUUAACCACUGACGCUUCUAAUCACACCCAAUCAUUAAUAAACCCCGAGGCACAGGCUGCAUUGAGUCAUUUAUUUCCUCUUUACAGUCAUGUAUAUUACAGGUCUCUUCAUACUCGUUAUAAAAUUAAAUUCAUUUGCGUAUAUAUUCACAUUUGAGAGGUUAAAGGUCAGAAAGCAGGAUCACGGGGAGAGAACGACCUCAUCGGGUAAAAGGAGGAAGACCGCAGGUCAAAGAAAAGCCUAAAAAUAAACCCUGAACAACGUUCCUAAAAACAAACGUCUGCAGAAGCUGCGAUGAUGAUUAUAAAUACGCUUUAUAUUUCUCAUAUGUACAUCUGAAAUAAAAGCUGCUGUGAUCUGGA